AUGUCACAGUCGAUUCCGCUGACGCGCCUGGGCGGGAAAGCCUUCAACCACAGCGCCAGCAACGAUGCUGAGGCCGAGUACGACCGCUUGCGCGACCAGGCGCGCGCCGAGGCCUCGAAGCGCAAUAGCUGCUUUGACCGGGCGCACCAGGCGUACGAGCGCGGCGACGGCGCCGAGGCCAAGCAGCUGAGCAACGAGGGCAAGGCGCACGCGGCCAAGAUGGACGAGUACAACAAGCAGGCGAGCGACUACGUCUUCCGCGAGAACAACGCCACGGGCCGCGUCGCCGACGACACCAUCGACCUGCACGGCCAGUUCGUUGAGGAGGCCGAAAACAUCCUGGAGCAGCGUAUCCGCUACGCGCAGCAGCAGGGGCAGACGCAUCUGCAUGUGAUCGUCGGCAAGGGCAACCAUAGCGUCAAUCACAUUCAGAAGAUAAAACCUCGCGUCGAGAAGGUGUGUCAGGAGCUGGGACUACAGUAUGCGACUGAGGACAAUGCUGGUAUUAUGUACGUGAACCUGCAGGGCGGUGAGGCCACGAUGCCUCCGCCGCCGCAGCAACCGUCGGGACAGCAUGACGGGUACCCUGGCGGCGGCGGUGGGCAUCAGCAGCCGUAUCAUGGGGGUCAGCAGCAUGGGGGUCAGCAGCAGCAACACCAUGGUGGCCAGCAACAACAUGGUGGAGGCCAGCAGCAACAACAAGAACAGCCCGACCUGGCCCAGAAAAUCGUCCAGAAGCUUACGAGGAAGCUGGGGGACUGCUGCGUGGUCAUGUGA